UUUAUUUUUUAAUUUGACUUAUUUGACGUUUAGAGUUUGACUUAUUUUCUGAUUUCAAAAAUAUUGUGAUCACUAGACUGAAAUCAAUAAUUUCUAUUUAUAUACAAUCAAUAUGUUACGUCGCACUACCAGUAUUUUUAAUAAAAUCUCUCCAAGAGGCUGUGGUAUUUUAAUUUUCAAAAACCAUUCUCAUACUGCAAGCACUGAAGCUAGUAAUCAAGCUGAAGAACCCAAAAAGACAGAAUCGAAACGGUUGGCUGAAUUUAGGAAAAAAUUAAGAGAAACUACUCCAAUAAAUGACCUCGGCGAGCAACCUGAAUUUGCAGCUAAUGAAAAAGAAGAUCCACUUCCAGCUUGGCCAGAUAAUACCAAUCCACAUACAGGGGAGGUCGGAGGGCCAAAAGGCCCAGAACCAACUAGAUAUGGGGACUGGGAAAGGAAAGGACGGGUAACAGAUUUUUAAACUGUGAUCUAGAUUAUAAAUUUAUUGGCUAUUAGCAGAUUUUCCAACAGUUUUAGGCAUUUUUUUGUUAGUAGAGUCUUCUAAUUCUUUUGAUUUGUAAUAGUGGGGUGCAACCUCCAAUAACCACUUGCUUUCUAUUUCUGUAACUUGCCUCAUGAACUCUUUAGAUGUGAACACAAGCUCAUGAUAGAUGACCCAGCGGGGCAGCUCUUCAAAUAAUGCACUGUUGGGAUGAAUCAUAACUGUCUGAAAAAAUACAAAGCAAAUUUUUAGUAUUAUAUAGAUUGGAAUCAUUAGGAUCUUAAGUUUAGCCCAUUAAAAAAAGUUUAUGGUUGAAAUUCACAACUAUCUUUACAAGUGGAUGUUCCUAAAAUAAACAUAUUUAUACAACCUUCAUAUUGUCAGUGUCUAUACUCUGUAUCUUUACGUAUUAAAAUAAAAGUAAACAAACAAUUUCUACAUUUUCGGGUAGUUAUAACAUUUAUUGGUUAAUCAAAGUUAAAAUACUUUACUGCGGAAGAGUGGUGUCUCUUAUCACAAGUAUCUCUGAAUACUUAAAAAGAGACAUCUACCCUGUUAUUGUAAAAAAACAUGUAUGCUAAUGAAUAAAUAAAUUUUUAUUUAUUUACCAACCAAAUACAAAACUGCCUGGAUCUGUCACUGAAUGACCUGAUUUUGAUCUACAUUAUUUGAUCAUGUAAUGUUUUCAUCUACCUUCAACUGGCUUAAGGGCCCAUUUGGGGUUGAUUUUGUUUACUUUUAUUUAAAUACCUAAAGAUUAAAGAUACAGAGUAUAAGAGGCAUGUAAAUAUAUUUAAGGAAUGUUGGCUUUAAAAUGUUUGGAUGUUUGUGUACUCGACUGUACUCAUUGGUUGAAUUACUGAGUCAAAAGGUUUAUUUGUUUGAAUUCAUUUUAAGGUCAUAGAAGAAGGAGGAAGCAUAUGGGUUCAAAAAUAUAUUUAAUGCCUAAACUGUGUUACUUGUAAAUAACUUAUAAUUAUUGCACUUCAAAAUGAUUUUUUAGUUAUUAUUUGUGAAAUUA